UUUUCCCAUUCCCUCCUGUGUGAUGCCACUGUCGACUGCUCCGGAUGCUGGCUGGUUGAAUCGCCCGUCAGUCUGCGCGUCGCUGCAAUCAUAGCGGGGCUGAAUCGGGGAGUAUUUUAAUCACAUGCUUCGCCGCGUCCUCUUCAUAUUUCCUCCUUGCCGAGCAAGCCCGAUUUCUACAAACUCCAAGCAUCUCGCGUGCGGCGACACCACCUUUCUCGCCCAGCCUUGUAUCAAGAGGCACCUUCUCGGUGCGUGAGAUGUGAACGGGAGGAUUGGCCCGUCGGGGGGAGCACCAAUGUACGAUGGCAACGAAUUGGAUGUAUUCUCACCGUGCGGCGGUUUCCAUUGCUUUAGCGCCGAGGCAGUUUUCUGAAAUCUAUUUUUCUUGAGGACUAUCAACGGCAGUCUCUCCUGUGCGUGCAUGUGCAUGUGUGUGUGUGUGUGUUUGUAUGUGUGUGUGCAUGUGUGUGUGUGUAUCAAAAAAGCGACGAAACUGCAUCUGAAUAUGGGAUUGAGCGAAGACCUGAAUUUCGACUUCAAGUGAACGAAGAGAAAGAAAAUUAAUUGAAGAGAGAGGAAAAAAAAUAAGACUCUCGUGCGAGCCUUUCAAUAGUACUGUGUGGAAAGAUGCAUCCAUCCGAGAAGGAUCAUUAGAUUUUAUUCGCAAGAAUUAACAGCGUCUUGUGCAGAAAUACACACACACACUCACAAAAUAACCACAGCAUCGAGACGAAACGAAAACAACCUUUUUUUUUUAAAUUCUUCUAAUCAUUUAUGAGCCAUGUUGCUCAAUUUGCUCUGCAGUCUCACCCGAUGCUUUGGACUUUGAAGGGAGCCUCGUAUUCCGCCGUGCAUUUGCCAUUUUGACCCCACGAACUAGUUUUUCGCCCAACAACCAAGGAAUGUGGACAUACCCGGGAAGACGUUACUUUGGUAUUUUCUCAGCGCCGGUGGUGUUGGUGGCGGUAGUUUGCUGUGCUCAGAGCGUAAAUGAACCCGGAAACAUGUCGUUUGUCAAGGAGACGGUGGACAACAUGCUCAGGGGAUACGACAUUCGCCUGAGACCCGAUUUUGGAGGACCACCAGUCAGCGUUGGGAUGAAUAUCGACGUCGCCAGUAUCGACCAAGUGUCUGAAGUUAAUAUGGAUUACACGAUAACCAUGUAUUUCCAACAAUACUGGAGGGACAAGCGACUGGCGUAUUCAGGGAUUCCUCUCAACCUGACUCUGGACAAUCGAGUCGCCGACCAGCUCUGGGUGCCUGACACGUACUUCUUGAACGACAAGAAAUCGUUUGUGCAUGGCGUGACGGUGAAGAAUCGGAUGAUCCGCCUCCAUCCCGACGGAACGGUGCUCUACGGGCUGAGAAUCACAACAACAGCUGCGUGUAUGAUGGAUCUACGGAGGUAUCCACUGGAUGAACAAAACUGCACACUGGAGAUAGAAAGCUAUGGUUACACCACGGAUGACAUUCAGUUCUACUGGCGGGGCGGAGAUGAUGCCGUGACUGGAGUACAUAAGAUUGAGUUGCCACAGUUUUCUAUCGUGGAGUAUAGGCUGGUGUCCCGCAAUGUUGUUUUUGCUACAGGUGCGUACCCAAGAUUGUCACUGAGCUUCAAGUUAAAGAGAAAUAUCGGCUAUUUCAUUCUUCAAACGUACAUGCCAUCCAUUCUGAUUACAAUCCUUUCCUGGGUGUCAUUUUGGAUCAAUUAUGAUGCUUCAGCUGCUCGAGUGGCUCUGGGAAUUACCACUGUGCUGACUAUGACAACCAUCAAUACUCAUCUGAGGGAGACCCUCCCAAAGAUCCCCUACGUCAAGGCCAUCGACUUGUACCUGAUGGGCUGCUUUGUGUUUGUGUUCUUGGCCCUGCUGGAGUAUGCGUUUGUCAACUACAUCUUCUUUGGGCGGGGGCCGCAGAUGCAGAAGAGGCUGGCGGAAAAGAUGUCAAAAGGCAACAACAGUCGGCAUAAGUAUGAAGGCAACAGGGUUGAUGCCCACGGGAAUAUCCUGCUCUCGACGUUGGAGAUCCACAACGAGGUCGCGGCGACGGAGGUGAUGACGAGCGCGACCGAAUCGAGGAAUUCGGCGAUGUCCUUUGACAACUCAGGAAUCCAGUACAGGAAACAAAGCACAGCCCGCGUGGGACUGGGCCACAGCACGCCCGAUAGAAACGCUACCCAGGCUAAAAAGAACCGUUUGCGCAGAAGGUCAUCCCAGCUGAAAAUCAAAAUCCCAAAUCUGACUGACGUUAACGCCAUAGACAGGUGGUCAAGGAUAGUAUUUCCACUCGUUUUUUCCCUCUUCAACUUGAUCUACUGGCUCUACUACGUAAACUGAUGCCGAGCUACCAUCUACAAAGGUUCUGCGGACUCCGCCCAGUUAACCAGAUGAACCGACUUGCCAAAAAAGUCAUUGUAGGAUUGCGGAAUGCGGCGUCACGGCUAAGUGAAUCAUUUUGCAGUAGAACAAAAAAAAAAAAAGAUGUGACCACGCAAAAAGGGGGAAACAAAAUACUCAACAACUAAAAAAAAAGACAAUAAGGAAAAAUGAAAAAAAGGAUGAUAUCCUCAAAGAAAGAGAAAGAUAGAGAAUGACAUUUUUAGCCUUGAAACAGCCCAUCAUACUUUGCAUGACACCAUGUCACCUAAACAAUGACUUAUCUGCCAUAUACACUAGGAAUUGUAAAAAAUUAGUAACUGUUUGGAUCUUGCAAGAAUUGCUUUUUCUUGAAGCUGUCUUUUUCAGCUAUUUCUAAAUACAAUGGUCACGGCUGGUUAAUAUUACAAUAUUUAGUUAAUUCCCACAAUGUUCUGCAGCAUAAUAUUUCAAUGUGGAACCUUGCAGUAUUCUCCUCAGUACUUGAUACAGGAUGAUUGCAGUAUUAAUUUGGCAGUGGAUGACAUUAAGUGAUUUCAUCAUUUUACACUCUGUAUAGUUAUCAUGGUUAAUUUAUUCAUGGGCAGAAAUCUUGGGAUUAGUUGCUAUUCACGAUUAGGCACUGUGUAAAUAUACUAGUUUUAAGAAAAAAAAACGUUUCAUUUUAUUUCCAUUUUCCAAAACAAGUAUUGGUAAAUUCUGUAGUUUGCUGAGUGGUAACUUCAUGAACAUUCCUGCAUACUGUUUGAAUUCUUUGAUGUUCCAUUUAAAAAAAAAAUAAAAUGUAAAAAAAAAUUAAUAAAAUUGGUUAUAAAUGGUUUAUAGAG